GUCCCCACAGUGGCUUCCCUCCUCUUUCUUUUCCACUUCCCCGGUGAAGGCUGAUUAGAUCUUUAGAUCUCAUAUCUCUCUGACUCUCUCUCUCUCUUUCUCUCACAGUCUCUCUGCAUCUCUCGCUCUCUCAUCUUUUCUCCAUUUUUCUCCGAUCCGGGUUAUUGUUUCCAUUUUCAUCAUUAGCACCUGGAUAUCUGAGAAAUCAAAUGGCUGCUCCGCCCGCUAGAGCUCGAGCCGACUAUGAUUACCUCAUCAAACUCCUCUUGAUCGGCGACAGCGGCGUGGGUAAGAGUUGCCUUCUUUUACGUUUCUCAGAUGGUUCCUUCACCACCAGUUUCAUUACUACCAUUGGCAUUGAUUUCAAGAUAAGGACUAUAGAGCUUGAUGGAAAACGGAUCAAACUUCAAAUCUGGGAUACUGCUGGUCAGGAGCGGUUCCGAACAAUCACUACUGCUUACUAUCGUGGAGCCAUGGGUAUUUUGUUGGUGUAUGACGUGACUGACGAGUCAUCAUUUAACAACAUCAGGAACUGGAUUCGAAAUAUUGAACAGCAUGCUUCUGAUAAUGUCAAUAAAAUUUUGGUUGGGAACAAGGCUGACAUGGAUGAAAGCAAAAGGGCUGUUCCCACUUCCAAGGGUCAAGCACUAGCUGAUGAAUAUGGCAUAAAAUUCUUUGAGACUAGUGCCAAGACCAAUAUGAAUGUUGAGGAGGUUUUCUUUUCAAUAGCUAGGGACAUUAAACAAAGGCUUUCCGAAUCCGAUUCAAAAGCUGAGCCUCAGACCCUGAAGAUUAACCAACAAGACCAGGCAGGAGGGUCAGCUGGUGCAACCCAAAAAUCAUCCUGCUGUGGUUAAUCAAUCUGCAAGCUUGUGGUGAAGAACUGAAGAUAGGGUAAUAGGAAAUAUUUCCUCAAUGGCGACCAUUUUGGUUGGAGGAUAUAAUCUUAUCUGAAAAUUGUUAGUGUUGGUUGUAUUGCUUGACAUCAAACAUCUCAGUAUCGACCAUUUUGCAUUAUCUGGCUGCUGUUAAUUUUGGGAAAAAAGUAAUUUGCUAGUACAUACAUUAUGUUUAAUUCUUUUUGUGGAGUCUGCUUGAAUUGUGCAUUUUAGAAAGAAAUUUACUUGCAAUCCUGCUUCAGUCUUGAGAUUAUUGGAA